AUGACGCCGAAAGCGAUGAACCCGAGAGCUUGCGCAUCGGCAGACGUGACGCCCUCGCCGACAGGCGAGCUCACCAUCUUUCGACGCCUGUACGGCAUCCCGCUCGUCGCUGCAGCACUCGACAAGCUGCACGAGACGCUCUCAACGAAUGUGCUCACAGCGAAGCCUUAUGCUGUCGCACAAGGCAUCUCAGUGGUUGCGUACAAGUGCUGGCAGCCCGUGCAGAGACGCCUUGCACCGCUGAUCGCACGCGUCGAUGACUUCGCCAAUGCGACCUUCGACCUGGCCGAGACGCGUUUUCCGUACCUCUUCUACGCUACGCCCGAGGAUAUAAUGGACGCGGCUUACACUACGCGCGCAACUUUCUUUGACGAUGCACGGACGACGCUUGACGAGGGUAUCAAGCUCCCCGCCCUUCAUGUUGCGGAGGGGAUCGAUGAGCGCCUUGCACCUCUCUUGGACUACUACGAGGACCACAUUGAGCCCCUAGGCCACAAGUGUGCCCGAUCGGCGCGCGCAAACAACACCGAGCUCCAUGAAACGCAGUACCAAUACCAGCGCGCUCUCGACCUUACGAAAGCCCUCCUCGAGCGCAUCGCCUCCCUCCCAUGCGAUCAAUGGCAGCAGACGUCCUUUCUCCUUCAACGCUCCGUCAUCCAAGUCCAAGAGCUAUCUGACGCCAUGCUCACGCAGCUACAUACCCUUCAACAAACGAUCUCCUACCUCGCGACGUCUAUGCAGCGCUCGGUCGCCGCUGCUCAGAAGCAACUCACGAUCACCCUCGUCGAGGCCGCCAACGCUCUAUCUGCUACCCUAGCCGACCUUCAGAACGUUCUGACGAGCGAGGAACUGACUGCUGGCGAGCGCAUCGACCGGAUCGCGAGUAUUACGACCUCCUAUGCAAGGGAAGACGAGCACGACUCCUACUGCGAAUACAACGCCGGGUCGUAUCGCGAGGACGAGUUCGGAUCGUUCUGCCAAGCCGAGCCCAACUCGUUCUGCGAAGAGUGCUGCGAACACGGCCCCGGAGAGUAUAUCGAGGACGACUUCGGCUCAUACUGCGAAGAGAGCGCAUGGCCUCAAGAAACGGUCGUCGACUUGACUGACGCGUUGGUGUACGAUGCGGGUGGAUACAGUGGUUUUCUGUCUUUCCUCCGGCCCCGUCGUGGAUCGACUUCCAUAGCUGAGCUCCGGCUCGACGAUGAUUCACUCUGCGAUCUAAGACUGUGUAUCACAUCUCGUGUCCAGGUGAGUGCUCAUGCUGUCAGGUCUUCUCAUAAACUGCCCUGGGAACCCUCGAACCUUGUUGCCCAGCUGACCAUCCGAAGCAGCGCCUGCGAAAGGAAGCAUACAGCAGGUCCCCUCCGACUAUCAUCGUCUGGAAAGCCCCUGCGCCAUGGUCGAAUCCUACGGGCAUGGUCGCUUCGUAUGCCACAAACCCCGCUGCCCGAAGCCGCGCUGGCCCAAGCAAGCACCUCAUCUCAAGACUGUGACCGCGCGGCACCGCCAUCAUGGACGCUACCACCAAAGGGAGGUGAAGGUGGUCUGGGAAGGUGCGUCGCAAGUCAAGUGCUUCGUCGCCGUGUCCGCGCUGACCGAAGUCCUUCCGCCUCCGUCGAUAUGCCCACCCACGCAGGCGAGACGAGAUCCAUCGCCCGCGACCCCGUUACGCAGAAAUUCCCCUGUCCGUGCGGGGCCCCGAAGCACGCGCGGCGGGAGGCGGAUAAGAUACGCAUUUUGUGCAACAACUGCGAUCCUCACCCCGGACCCAAUGAAGAGAAAGCUUUAGAGGUCGGCACCGACGAUGAGGACGCCAACCCUGGGCAGGUCGAUCCUCCUCAAGUGCCGCGUAGUCUGCGUAAAAGAAAACGCCGAGCGCCCCGGUCGCCCUCACCGCCGUCCGAUACUGCGCCUUGCUCAGACAGACGCGCUGGCAAGCGUCGCGCUACGGUGCCGCACCCCCACGACUCUUCGGACGACGAGGUCAUUAUCGUCGAAAACCCGAGCAGCCUCAACAGAGGCGGUCCGGGUACAAGGGGAUUCGCAGGCGCGACGCACAUCUCUGCGUAUGGUGGUAUAGAGCACGCGACUGGGAGUCGCCCUGCUCUGCGGAAGCCCUUCGAGUACUCUGAAGAUCAAGGCGACCUGGAGAGGCAAGUCAAGAGCCUCGCAGCCCUCAAUCUCGCGGCUCGUCUGGAGUACAUCGAGGUAUCGCGUGCUACUGUCGUCCAUCGUCGCCCCUCGCUCACACGCUACUCAGUCCCUCGAAGAGCAAAGUCUGGUCUUGCUGCAGGCCGCAGAGCACAACAAGGAGCUGACGCGCCGAGUACGGCAGAUGAACGACAACAGGUUAUGAAGGUUGUAUGA